AUGGAAACAGAUGCUUCAAGCACUGAUGCUGUUAUUAGUAUUCCAACUCACACAAAAGCUUGGUACUACUCUGAACAUGGAAGAGCAGCUGAUAUUCUAAAGUUAGAUCCUAAUUGGGAACUUCCCCAACUCAAAGACGAUCAAGUGCUCAUCAAAGUCAUAGCAGCAUCCCUUAAUCCCGUUGAUUACAAAAGGAUGCAUGGCUUGUUCAAGGACAUUGAUCUUCAUCUACCUAUUGUGCCGGGUUUUGAUGUUGCUGGCAUAGUGCUCAAAGUGGGAGAAGAAGUGCAAAAAUUUAAGGUUGGGGAUGAAGUAUAUGGUGAUAUCAACGAGGAAGGCUUAUCCAACUUAAAGAUUCUUGGCACUUUGUCAGAGUAUAGUAUUGCUGAUGAGAGACUUUUGGCUCAUAAACCAUCAAAUCUAAGCUUCGUUGAAGCUGCCAGCAUUCCUUUAGCACUUGAAACUGCUUAUGAAGGCCUUGAACGUGCUGAGUUUUCUGCUGGUAAAUCAAUCCUUGUUUUGGGAGGAGCUGGUGGAGUUGGAACCUUUGUCAUUCAGCUUGCCAAACAUGUUUAUGGCGCGUCUAAGAUAGCAGCAACAGCUAGCACUGGGAAACUCCAACUUUUAAGGAAUCUGGGAGUUGAUUUGCCUGUUGAUUAUACAAAGGAGAACUUUGAAGACCUUCCAGAGAAGUUUGAUCUUGUGUAUGAUCUAGUAGGGGAAUCUGAUAGAGCAUUGAAGGGGAUUAAGGAAGGUGGGAAAGCAGUGACAAUAGUGUCUCCUGGACUUCCACCACCAGCUAUUUUCUUUGCACUCACUUCCAAAGGGUCUAUCUUAGAGAGAUUAAGACCUUACUUUGAGAGUGAUCAAUUGAAGCCAAUACUUGAUACCAAAACUCCAAUGCCAUUUUCUCAAGUUAUUGAAGCCUAUUCCUACUUGGAAACUUCAAGAGCCACAGGAAAAGUGGUUGUUUAUCCCAUCCCAUGA